AUGUCUUCAGUUUGGAAGACUGCCCCUGGAUCAAAUGCAAUGCCUGAGAUGAUGGUGACAAUCAUUGGAAGUAAACACUUUCGAUACCUUGUGGAGAAGCCAAAGAUCAAGGAGAAUGAGAACUUGAAGGCAGAAACUCAAACCGUACUUCAGAAAUCAGCGUCUGGUACUGCAAAGCAGAUUAGCAGAGACCCCCCAGCUUCUACUAAUCCCACAGAUCAUCAAAUCAAUCAUGACCCAGAUGAAGUGGAAAAGAGCAAGCACCCAGAGAAAAACCAGAAACCAGAGGACAACCAGAAACUCCUAACGGGAGCACUCAGUUGCAGAUUUCUGGAUGGCCAAAUUCCCAACCAGGAAAAUGUCUACUGCAGCUCUGUACCAACUGGAGACCAGUCCCUGUCCUAUAUCCAUGGCCUCCCCAGGAGAAACCUUAGAGACUGGUCCUUAGAACAGAUGGUAAGGGGCAGCUCUGAUAUUGGCCAGAGGCCAAGUGGAACAACAAAAGAAGACACUUUUCUUCUGCUGGUCAGAAGAGAACUCAAGUCAUGCCUUUUGAGUUCUGGCUUAUUAGACAAGCUUCAGAAAGAGCAAGAUCCUGUCUCUUCAGGAUUUCUUCUCCAGUCUCAGCUGAGCCACCUCUUCUUGAGGUUUGAGGUCCCUCUGCAGUUACCAACAGUCAAGAUCCUUUGCCAGCGAUUUUCUGGGAGGGGAUCUCCUGAAAUGGUGAAUUAUGAAAAGCUACUCUGGUGUUUAAAAGUUGCAGCUUCAGAUGAUCCACAGCAAAACAAAAGAGUUGAGGACAGCAAGGUGAAAGAAGCUCAGGGUGGUAGGCAUCAAAGUACUGCCCCUCAAGACUCCAACUCCCAGUCAGAAGUGAACCACCACCUGUUGGAGAUCCUGAAGAUGGCACUAAGGGCAACCAAGGGCAAACUCAACCUGGAGAAUCUCAACCUGAGUUUUCGAAAAGAAGAUCGCUCGUUCUCUGGCUACCUGCCCCCACCCAAGGUCAGGGCUAUAUGUGGGAAACAUGGAUUGUAUUUGACUUUGAGCCUCCUGGAAACAUUGCUUAACCAUCAAGAUUUGGGUUACCAGGACGAAAUAAAAACAGAGGAUCUUCUUGGUCAUAGAAAAACAAAAGCAGUAAACUUCCGCUUCCAGUUUACUGGAAAGAAAGGAAAGGAAACCUCUGCUACUCCAGUGCAUCCUGAAGUUAAUGAGAUAUCUCAGGGAAAAACUGAACAUAUGAAAACUCCAGAAAAGGAUUUGCAGCCAGAAAACCCUCCUGCUGAGACUUCAGCCCCCAAAGAUCUCCUGAGCACUUUGAAGAUCAGGCCAGUCUCACAGCCUUUUGUCAGUCCAGUGAUGAAAAACACGUCUGAAGAAUGUGAGACAUGGAUCAACAGACUCAGGAAGCUAGAAAAUGCCCUCUACCUGUGUGAUCUGAGUACAGGAGUUCUGGAGAAUGAACGAGCCAGAUGCCUCAUUCACAACUACAAUCUCAUUUACAACCUGUCCCUGAGCCCUCAGAAAAUUGACCAAGCCUUGCGGAGAUUCCAUGCUGGAAAUAUGCUCUUGGAGCCAGCGCUUCAGUACUUAAAGGAGCUAUGA